AUGUGCGACAAUUUGGGUCCACUGCAACUAUUUUUGACGUUUACCUGUGAUGGCAAGGCGCCUGCCUUUCAAAACGCAACUGGUCUGCGUGAUACUUGGAAGGACCCCGUUUUAUUUGCUAUUCAUUUCCAAAGAAAAUGGAACAAGCUCUUUGAAAUCAUCAAAAAACAAUGGGCAACGAAAAUUGGAGGUAUCACUGAUUGGUGCUAUGUAAUGGAAAUACAAGACAGAGGAAGUCCACAUAACCACAUGUUGUUGUGGACCAACAAAUCUGCGGACGAGUUGUUACUUGACGAAACUAUUGUCUGUGCAAGAAUGCCACCUAUCAACUCACCUUUACACAACCAUCAAAAAUCAAGAGAAGUUGUAUGGGUUCCUAUGAAUUUACCUCAUGAUCAAAGCAGAGGUAUCAGACCUGAUUUUCUCGACCUAUCUAUUCCUGGUUCCUCAAAACAAGUAUUUGCCAAAACAUUGGUUGAUCAUUAUGAAGCAAGAACUGGAAAUACAACGGUUCAGUCGCUCUUACUAAUCGACUUUGUCAAAUACUAUUACCCAUGUUCCACCACGAAAGAAAAGCAACAAUACCAACGACUUGCUGAAGAAAACCAAAUGGAAUACCAGCAAGAAUAUGGCCAACAUCCUCCCUCUGCCAUCAUUUCUGGUGAAAUAACAUUUAGGUUGAGAAAAAUUAAGUGUCGUUUCUGGCGAACCCGACUGGUGAGCGCCAUGUCAGACUCUGAAACGUUCUACUACCAACAAAUCCUGACACACAUGCCUGUCUAUGGUCGCAGCUUUACUGAUUUUAAAGACGACUCUUUACGUGCCAGUCCAAAUGAUGAUCGAGUGUUCAGUUGGCACGAUCUAUAUCAACAUUUAGUUCAAAAUGAUUUGCUCCGUGUAACCACCAUCAUCCCAGAUGACAUUGUUGAGUACAACAUACACGUAGCGACUAUUCCUUUGGCUCCAGCUCAACAAACCAUUUUCAACUCGAUUAUUCAUCAAAUUCAGCAUCUAAACAGCAACAUGCAUUGGAUCCUGGGUGGUGCUGGCACUGGCAAAAGUUUUCUCUUGAGAAAAUUCAGCAAACAUUUUAGUGAUCUUGGUUAUUAA